AUGCCGCCUCCCAAGAAGACCAAGUUAGCCCAGGGGACGGAGACGAGGCGGCGGAACAGAAAGUCCUUUGUCCCGAGCGGGAGGGAGCCGCGGGCAUCGCCGCGUCUUCCGCCCUCGGCGCCGGCCACUCCGCCCUCUCGGGGCUCCGGCGAAGAUCGGCCCGAGCAGCUGCGGACCCCGCUCGCGGAGCCGAGCGGGGCCGAGACGAGGCCCCAGAUUCGGGUCACCGUCAAGACCCCCAAGGACAAGGAGGAGAUCGUGAUCUGCGAUCGAGCCUCGGUUAAGGAGUUCAAGGAGGAAAUCUCCCGGAGGUUUAAGGCUCAGCAGGAUCAGCUGGUCCUGAUCUUCGCAGGCAAGAUCCUCAAGGAUGGAGACACGCUGAACCAGCAUGGGAUCAAGGAUGGGCUCACGGUCCAUCUAGUCAUCAAGACCCCUCAGAAGGCUCAAGAUCCAGUGGCCGCCACUGCUUCUCCCCCAUCCACUCCCGACUCUGCCUCUGCACCCUCCACCACACCUGCCUCACCCGCUGCCCCUGCCCAGCCCUGCGGCUCUGGCAGCGCCACUUCAGAUGCUGGCAGUGGAGGGGGACCCUCUCCAGUGGCUGCCGAGGGGCCCCCAAGUGCUACUGCGUCAAUUCUCUCUGGCUUCGGGGGCAUCCUUGGCCUCGGCAGCCUGGGCCUGGGCUCUGCCAACUUCAUGGAGCUGCAGCAGCAGAUGCAGAGACAGCUCAUGUCCAACCCUGAGAUGCUGUCACAGAUCAUGGAGAACCCCUUGGUCCAGGAUAUGAUGUCAAACCCUGACCUCAUGCGCCACAUGAUCAUGGCUAACCCCCAGAUGCAACAGCUGAUGGAGAGGAACCCCGAGAUCAGCCACAUGCUCAACAACCCGGAGCUCAUGAGGCAGACAAUGGAGCUUGCUCGGAACCCAGCCAUGAUGCAAGAAAUGAUGCGGAACCAGGACCGGGCCCUCAGCAACUUGGAAAGUGUCCCUGGAGGGUAUAAUGCUCUCCGCCGCAUGUACACGGACAUCCAGGAGCCCAUGUUCACUGCUGCCCGGGAACAGUUUGGCAACAAUCCCUUCUCUUCCCUGGCCGGGAACUCCGACAGCUCAUCCUCCCAGCCUCUUCGGACUGAGAAUCGAGAGCCCCUCCCUAACCCCUGGAGUCCCUCGCCCCCCACCUCCCAGGCCCCCGGGUCCGGUGGGGAGGGCACCGGAGGAUCGGGGACCAGCCAGGUGCACCCGACAGUCUCGAACCCCUUUGGGAUCAAUGCGGCUAGCCUGGGGUCAGGGAUGUUCAACAGCCCAGAAAUGCAGGCGCUCCUCCAGCAGAUCUCCGAAAACCCCCAGCUGAUGCAGAAUGUGAUCUCCGCCCCUUACAUGCGCAGCAUGAUGCAGACGCUCGCCCAGAACCCUGACUUCGCUGCUCAGAUGAUGGUGAAUGUGCCGCUGUUUGCGGGGAAUCCACAACUGCAGGAGCAGCUCCGUCUGCAGCUCCCCGUGUUCCUGCAGCAGAUGCAGAACCCAGAGUCUCUGUCCAUCCUCACCAAUCCCCGGGCCAUGCAGGCCUUGUUGCAGAUCCAGCAGGGCCUGCAGACCCUGCAGACCGAAGCCCCUGGGCUGGUACCCAGCCUUGGCUCCUUUGGGACAUCCCGGACCCCUGUACCCCUGGCAGGCAGCAACUCUGGGUCUGCAGCCGAGGCCCCCACCUCCUCCCCAGGCAUACCCGCCACGUCUCCAACCACAGCGGGUUCCAGUGCCCAGCAACAACUCAUGCAGCAGAUGAUCCAGCUUUUGGCCGGAAGUGGAAACUCACAGGUGCCGAUGCCGGAAGUGAGAUUUCAGCAGCAGCUGGAGCAGCUCAACUCCAUGGGCUUUGUCAACCGUGAGGCCAACCUCCAGGCCCUGAUUGCCACAGGAGGGGACAUCAACGCGGCUAUCGAGAGACUCCUGGGGUCCCAGCUCUCCUGAUCCCGGGGCCCGUGCCUCCUGCCUUCCCCACCUCUCAGCGCCAGCCUCUGGCCCUCUGUCCAGCCCCACCCUCUGUAGCCUGUCUUCUUUGACCUCUACCAACAGCAGGGUGACUCUGGAGGACGGGCCCAACCCGGAGCUCUGCCCAAGGAUUUUGAUUUUGUUGCUGUUUGAUGAAAUCUUCUCUCCUGGUCCUCUGAGCAGAGCGCUUUAGUUUGCACAGUUGUGUCGGUUGGGCCCACCUCCUUGCCCACAAGUCCGUUGGCAAUGUUCAGCCUUCUCCCAGGGUCUGAGAGGAGGACCCCCGUCUGGCUUACCGGAAGUCUUCCAUCGGUACCACUAGGGUUUAGCUUGCCUUACAUUCACUCUCCCUCUCUUCCUUCCCCUCCCUCAGCCCAACCAGUGUUUGAAUUUCACCCCGGAGAGGAACUGAUGAAAUGCUCUAGUUUUCUUCCUCUGCCCCAUUCUGCAAGUUCAUCCAGCAUUGUCUCAUGCGCCCUUUGGGACUCUAAGAAAGAUACCUGUCCUCUCGCCCAAAGAGAGCCAUGAGCAGGCAGUCUGGGCAGGAUUACCAAGAGCAGACGAGCCCAGCGGAAGCUGGUGCGGAAGAGCAAGAGCUGACAGAGUUCCUGGAAGCAGGGACUGGAGGAGACGGCCUGAGCUGAAGGCUCGGAAGGCAGAUUGACAGUUGGGGUCUAGAAACACCAGUAGAUUUCAGGUUGGAGAAGCAGGCCCAGGCCCGACAGAAGGGAGGAAGACUGGUGUAAGCUUGAAGAAAGGAGCUUAACAAAGCCGAGCAGUGUGGCCCACAAGGAUUCAGGUUUCCAUGGUCUCCAAUGUAUGUGUGUGUGCGCGCGCGUUACACACACACACACACACACACACACACACACACACACACACACACACGUUUCCAUGAACCCAGGACCUAACUGUAUCUUCAGGCUCUGGUACUCUGAGCUCCGCUCCCCAGAAGUCAUGCUGGAGAUUGGAUCUUUCUCAGCAGUAUGGAGAAUUAGUAUAUAUGAUAUAUGCACACAUGUGCGUCCAUGCAAGUUGGGAGGUGUGUGUUCUUUGUUGGUUUCUGGUUCACUACUUUGUCAACAGAGAUGAGUGGGUCCAGGGACCAGCCUAGUGGAGGAAUAGAGCAUUGGGAAGGAGAGAUGGGUCUCCUGGGCCUCUGGGUGUUUGGUGACCGAAAAGCAUAUCGGGUAAUUCUAAAGACAAUGGCUCUGACUGAUACCCUUGCCACCAUUACUCCUGGUGAAAAAAAAGUGAGGUUUCUCUUCCAGAGCUCCUGCCUUUAAUUCCUUGCCAGCUCCAUCUAGGCCAGAAAGUUCUUUAGAAGGGGUGAGAUGGGGAAUGCCUUUAAUAUGGAAUUGGGCUUUAGCUGGACCACAGGGCAGAGAAUGUGCUGAGAGCUGUGUGGUCCAGCUACUUGGAGGACCCCUGACUGAGAGAGAGGUAAGAAGAGGAAUCCUGCCGGGCGGUGGUGGCCUUUAAUCCCAGCACUCGGGAGGCAGAGGCAGGCAGAUCUCUGUGAGUUCGAGGCCAGGCUGGUCUCCAAAGUGAGUUCCAGGAAAGGCGCAAAACUACACAGAGAAACCCUGUCUCGAAAAAAAGAGGAAUCCUGCUCCAGGUGGGGAAGGAUCCCAAGCAGCUCAGACAUGCCUGCCCUUUUCUCUUACUCCCAACACCCACCCUGGCCUUUGUAAAUAAAUGAAUUUUGUUGUGAGAGUA